AUGACGGAUAAUUCAGCGGAAUGGUGGACUCAAUGGAGCCCUGAUAACGUUACGAUCAGCGACGAUACGGUGCCGGACUCGUGGAAAGUGUGUACGAUCCAGGGCGUGUUCUUUGCGUCAAAUGAAUAUAAUGGCUCGUUGGGAGCCCGAAUAUCCUCUAUCUUCGUGAUUUUUGGUGUCGCGACAUUUUGCACGCUGUUUCCAGUGCUCGCUGCGCGCGUGAAAUGGCUUCGGAUUCCAAGGGUAGUUUACCUUUUUGCACGCUAUUUUGGUACGGGUGUUAUCGUCGCGACGGCGUUUAUACACUUGCUGGAUCCAGCCUAUAGCGAGAUUGGCGGGAAUGCAUGUGUGGGCCAAGUGGGCCACUGGGCAGACUAUUCGUGGUGCCCUGCGAUUGUGCUGCUUACGGUAUUUGUGAUUUUUCUGGUAGACCUCUUCAGCGACGUGUACGUAACGCGUACGUUCGGCAUUCGUCACAACCACGGCGAUGAGAUUGAGAAAGCGAUCGUGAAGAAUUCACCUUCGGUAGGAGAAAAUGACGACCCAGAGAGCUUGGUACGGCAAAGCACUGCUUCGGAGGUGCUAGCGGGCGAUAGAGCGCUCGCCACGACAGCGUUCGACAGCUCCGAGAAACGAAAAUCCUUUGAGAUGUAUUCUGAAACGAGUUCAGAAAUUGCUACGCAGUCUUUCGAGAGCCAAAUAGCAGCUUUCAUGAUACUGGAAUUCGGUGUUGUAUUUCACUCAGUAAUGAUUGGACUGAAUCUGGGCACCACGGGCGAAGACUUUUCAUCGCUGUAUGUGGUGCUUGUCUUCCAUCAAUCAUUCGAGGGUCUAGGUAUUGGCGCUCGGCUUUCGUCCAUACGUUUCCCAAGAGGUAAAGAGUGGUGGCCAUAUGGAUUUUGCAUCGCCUACGGACUCUCCACACCGAUCUGCGUGGCGAUUGGGCUCGGGGUAAGAAAUUCUUACACAGGAAACUCGUUCACCGUCAAUAUAGUGUCUGGUGUGUUGGACGCGAUAUCAGCAGGCAUAUUGAUAUACACAGGUUUGGUUGAGCUCUUGGCGCGUGAUUUCAUUUUCGACGAGAACAGAACGAAUGACAUACCCAGGCUGCUCUUCAUGGUUAGCUGCACUUUACUAGGUGCCGGUCUCAUGGCUUUAUUGGGAAAAUGGGCUUGA